AUGGAUAAUCCGCAAUUGGACUUUCCAAUCGUUCUUCCAUUUAUGAGGAGAUCUGAACUUACAGUCAACAGAAUUUUGUCAGAAAUAGAGAGGGUGCUGCAGUCAUAUGAACAAUUUGUGCUUGAUGAAACGUUCGGGCUGGAGCUCGUUCAUGUACAUUUACCUACUGGAAGUGGAACUCGAAGCAAACCGUACGUGGACAUAUCAAGGUUGUUAAAAAGUAAAGGUAGUGUCAUUCAAAUUAGAAAUACCGAUGAACUUUGCUGUGCACGCGCCAUAGUGACAGCAAUAGCACGUAUAGAAAAACACCCGCAGUGGGAUAACAUACGCAAAGGGCGUCAUGCGCAAAAACAACUGGCACUUAACUUACAUGACAAGGCUGGAGUACCUUUACAACACUGUGGUAUUGAAGAAGUGAAACAAUUUCAAGAAGUACUUUCCAGUUAUAAGAUCCUUGUUUUGUCGAAGGAACACUUUAACGCCAUUAUCUAUGAAGGACAAGAAGACGGCGUACCUAUUUACUUGUACUAUCACAAUGAACACUUUGAUGUUAUCACGACAGUCGCAGGCUUCCUGAAUAGAAGUUACUUUUGCGUUCAAUGUAAAAAGGGUUACAGUAACAAAGAGCAACAUGCCUGUAACAAUCCUUGCGUUCACUGUCAUCGUAUACACGAGGACGACUCUGCGCACUGGGAAUAUUGUGAUGACUGCAAUAGAUAUUUCAUCAACGAAACGUGUUUCUUAAUGCACAAGCAAAACCAUGAUACUGGAACAUCAACUUGCAGUAUGUAUUACAAAUGUAGAGAUUGCGGACAAGCAAUAAAUAUGCGGAAGCAUAAGAAUCCUCACAUGUGUAAUGAAACAUAUUGUAAAACAUGCAAAGAUUUCGUGGAAGAAGAUCACAAGUGUUUUAUGCAGCCAGUGGAAGAGGAUGAACCUAUGACCACAAGUAAUAAAACAAAGCCAAAGGAUACAAAAUAUAUAUUUUUUGACUUUGAGUGCACACAAGAUCAACAGCUCCAGUGCGAGAAAGGAUAUCUUUCAGGCGCAAACGGGAAGUGUGUUAACUGUAAAAAAGCAACUUGUGGUUCUUUUGAACAUCAGCCGAACUUAUGCGUCGUACAAAGGGUAUGCACUCAGUGCCUGGACAGCAACUUGUCUUUCGAUUCAGAGUGUGAUCAUUGUGGAAAAAAUGAACUGGUUUUCAAAGGAGAGCAGACCACUCAGCAGUUUUGUCAAUGGUUAUUCUCUGAGGAAAAUGUUGGCGCUACCGUAAUCUGUCAUAACUUUAAGGGGUAUGACAGCUAUCCAGUUCUACAAUACUUACAUGAGAAUGCCAUCCUUCCUGAGGUAAUUACCAAUGGGACGAAAUUUAUGUCCAUCAAAGUUCCUGUGUGCAAGAUCCGCUUCAUAGACUCAAUAAACUUCAUUCCGAUGGCUUUAGCGGACAUGCCCAAAGCAUUUGGAAUCACAGAACUGGCAAAGGGUCAUUUCCCACAUCUAUUCAAUCGACAAGAAAAUCAAGCCAAAACCCUGACACAGUUACCAGACAUAAAGUACUACUCCCCAGAUAGUAUGAAAAUAGAAAACCGACUGGAAUUCCUUGCAUGGUAUGACAUUCACAAAAACGACAAGUUUGAUUUUCAAUAUGAACUCUUAAAAUACUGCCGAUCAGACGUGGACAUUCUGAGGAAAUGCUGUUUGAAGUUUCGUGAUUUGUUUCAGGAAAUAACACAAACGAAUGGAGUUCCUGGCAUAGAUCCUUUUGAAAAAUGCCUGACCAUCGCAUCGGCGUGUAAUCUGGUGUUCAGACGAAACUUUCUGGAACACGAAAGUAUUGGUAUUAUUCCAACACACGGGUACAGGCCUGAAGAGAAACAGUCUGUUUUAGCAUACAAAUGGUUGGCUUACUUUGCAUACCAAAAGAAUGUACACAUACAACAUGGUCGAAAUGCUGGUGAGAAGGUCAUAGGCCCUUACAAAGUUGACGGAUACUACGAAACUGAAGAAGGAGAGAAAGUUGUUUUAGAAAUGCAUGGUUGCUUUUGGCACGGUUGCAACCGCUGCUUUACAAAUUACACCAUCAAUCCUGUGAAUGAUAUGACAAUGGGUGACCUGUAUGCCAGAACAUUGGAUAAGCAACGCUAUAUAGAGUCUCUAGGAUAUACGUACGUGUCCAAGUGGGAAUGCGAUUUUAAAAAAGAAAUACAAGAUACCCCUGGCUUGCAAGAAUUUAUAAGAUCUGUAAAUAUAGUGUCCCCACUUGAGCCGCGAGAUGCGUUUUACGGUGGAAGGACAGAAGGAUUCAAAUUGUACGAAGAAGCCUCAAAUGACCAAGAAAUAAACUACUAUGACGUGACAUCGUUGUAUCCAUAUGUUAACAAAACUGGAAAAAUACCUCUAGGACAUCCCGAAAUUUUCACAGAAAAUUUCACAGACAUUACCGAAUACGAGGGUCUAAUCAAGUGUAAAAUUGUACCUCCACGUGGACUCUACCUACCUGUCAUACCUGUAAAGUCGAAUGGAAAACUGCUCUUUAGCCUAUGCAGAUCAUGUGCAGACCAAUACCAGCAGUCGCCAUGUCAGCAUACUGAUAAUGAAAGAGCCUUUCUGGGUACUUGGGUUACAGAUGAGGUCAAACUGGCCCUGUCUCAGGGUUACAAAAUACUGGAAAUCUAUGAAGUUUGGCAUUUUAAUAAGAUAUCACAGUAUGACCAAGACUCCAAAUGUGGCGGUAUAUUCACUGAAUAUGUGAAUACCUUUCUAAAACUCAAACAGGAAGCUAGUGGUUGGCCUGAAUGGUGCAAAACAGAAGAUGACAAGCAGUUAUACAUUCAACGAUUUUAUGACAAAGAAGGUAUAUUUUUAGACUAUAACAGAAUAUACAAAAAUUCAGGCCUUCGAUCCUUGGCUAAGCUGAUGCUGAACUCCUUCUGGGGCAAGUUUGGCCAACGUACAAACCUAGCACAGACGUCUUAUGUAACAGAUACAAAGGAGUUCUUUGACUUUAUGACUAGCGAUCAACAAGAAAUAAAGAACAUACGAUUUGUAAAUGAAGAAACUGUGCAAUUGGACUGGAUAUACAAUGAAGAUUUUAUUGAGGCUUCUUCCCGAACAAACGUUGUUAUAGCUGCAUAUACAACAGCACAGGCCCGGCUUAAACUUUACAGCUAUCUACAGCAUCUUGGAAAACGUGCACUUUAUUGUGACACUGAUUCUAUCAUAUUUUCAACCAGACCAGGGCAGUGGAAACCUCCACUUGGAGAUUAUCUCGGGGAUAUGGCAGACGAGGUUUCGGGAAACAAAAUCACGAAUUUUCUUACUGGUGGACCAAAAAACUAUGCAUAUAAAACAAAACAUUGUGAUAAAAAUGGUUAUACAUCAUUCUGCAAAGUAAAAGGAAUCACUCUUAACUUUAAAAACUCCCUCAAAAUAAAUUACGCUAUGGUGGUGGACAUGAUUAGGGGGUCGUCCACUGGUAAUACAGUCCAGGUUGCAGAUAUGAAAAUAUGCCGGGAUAUCACUAAUACUACACUUGUCACGAGACAAGAAACAAAGGACUAUAGAAUAGUGUUUGACAAAAGAGUAAUCGAUAAGGAUUACCUCACAUAUCCAUAUGGAUACUAA